AUGAAAAUUUUUUCUUUGGCUUUAUUGGGCCUUGCUGCGUCUGAUCAGAUGGAGGAAAUCGGGGCGAAAUUCAAAAGCGAGUUCGAAGGGAAUUUGAAGCACAACGUGAAGUACUACACGAAAUCGAAUGGAAAAGGUCGCAAUAAAACCUAUCGAAGACUCGACGAAGCAAAUAAACUUCCCUAUGGACUCUCAUUGAAAGAAGCGGAUUUUGACCUUGCGUUUGAUUUCUGCGACGAUAAUGGCGAUGGAGUCAUCAACAUCAAAAAAGAAAUUCCCAAAUGCACCGAAAAAGCGAUGAAAAUCAUGAGCGCGCAAAUCGGCGAAACCGAGGAACUGCCAAAAAUCGGCAUGCGCGCCCGAAAGAAGUUCGAUUUCGACCAUGACAGAGUGCUCUCAAAGAGCGAAUUCGCCACAUCGUGUGCGGUUUUGAACAAAAGCUUCGCGCAGACGAUCAUUUCAAUUUUUGAUGGCAUCGAUGGCAGCGAACCAAACGGAGCGCUCAAUGGAAUGACCGAAGUAAUCGCCAUGGGCGGAAUGAUGUCAAAGUUCUACGAAAACGUCGAUCAAAGCACUUCCCGAGGCCUCCUUAACUCGGUCAACGUCGAUGGAAACGCCGCAGCGGACAAGAUGACAAUUACAGAGCUCGAGAUUCAAGAUUUCAUGCAAAAAUUAAUGACUGCCGCUCUGGAAACUUGCUUCAAAAAUGACUGUAUUUAA